CUGUGAUAUGUAUAUGAUAAGGUUGUAUGCGUGCUGCGCCACGCAUGUGUGUGUGACCAUGAAUAAAGAUCGCCAGUGCGUCUAUAGCAGUGUCGUGUUUCACUUGUCUGUCCCGUACUUAUCAGUGGCACCGAGGAUUAAAAACUACCCGCGUCUUCAGAAUAAAAAUGGCGAAUUUUAUUCUUGGACCAAUUUCUACAUUCGACCACCACGUGCAGGAUUGGGCUACUUUCAAAAGCAAGUUCGACCAGUGGCUGAUUGCCAAUGGUGUGGAAGAACAGACAGACAAGACGGGCGCGAAGCGUCGCGCCAUACUGCUCAGCGCACUCAGCGACAGCACGUACCAGUUGGCAAACAACCUCGUGCUGCCGAAAGACCUCGUCACAGCACCGUUCGAGGAUAUCGUCAAGGUAUUAGACGUGCAUUUCACGCCGAAGCGGUGCGGGUUUGCAGAACGCCACUACUUCUAUUCGGCAGCGCAGCAGGCGGGCGAGUCGCACGCGCAGUGGGCCGCGCGGCUCAGGGGACUCGCAGCACACUGCAACUUCAAGGAGUUGGAAGAGGCGUUGCGAGACAAGUUCGUGAUGGGGCUGCAGUCAGGACCGGAGAGGGAGAAGCUGUUCGCCAUGGAGAUCAGCGAGCUGACGCUGGCGAAGGCCGUGGACGUGGCGGAGAGCGUGCGGUGCGCGCGCGCGGCUGCCGCCAGCACAGCGCCCGGCGCCCGCGGCUCCUCCGGGGACUCCGUGUUCAAGAUGCAGCAGCGGGAGCCGCGCGGCGCCGCCGGCCCCGGCAAGGAGCAGUGCACCGUGUGUGGGCGACGUAGCCAUAAGGCAAGCGAGUGCCGGUUCGCUUCAUUUAAGUGUACAAAGUGCAAGGCCAAAGGUCAUUUACGCCGGAUGUGCAAAUACGUAAACUUUGUAGGAACGGAGGAAACGUGCGAGGGCGAUGAUGAUGAUGAUGUGCUUACAGGCUAGACAUUAUGGAGGUAUUGUAAGAAAAGACUUAGUAGUAAAUGAUAAAGUUUUAUAUAAGGUGUAUUCAACCAAUCAAAAAUUUUGUUGGAAAAAAGGA